UGCGUCUGAAGGGUUAAGCAUAGGAGAUGUUCGAGUACAGGUGAGCAUUAAAGCCAUGGUGUGCGAUGCUCCAGCAAGGAGCUACGUGAAAUGUAUUGUUGGCCACACUGGCUAUUAUGCGUGUGAGCGAUGCAGCCAAAAAGGGCGGCACAUUGAAAACAGGGUCACAUUUCCCAAACUGCACGCACCAACACGAACGAAUGCAUCAUUUCGAUCUCAAGAGAACAAGCGCCACCAUUCUGGUUUUUCACCAUUCCUAUCGCUUGAUGUCGACAUGAUUGCAUUUUUCCCAUCAGAAUACAUGCACCUCGUUUGCCUGGGAGUCAUGCGACGACUCUUAAAGAAUUGGGUAUGCCAAGGCCACAGUAAUAGAUUGAGCAGACUGUAUCGUUGCCAACUAAAUGAAAGCCUGCGAGAGGCAUCCAAAGCAUUUCCAACAUAUUUCCAGCGAAAGCCAAGGGGUACAGAAGAACUGGAUCGUUGGAAGGCAACGGAGUUUCGCACAUUCCUCCUUUAUGUGGGGCCUGUUGUCCUAAAGCCUCUUCUGCCUCCAACACACUACAAACAUUUUCUAAUGUUUCAUGUAGCUAUCAGAAUUUUAGCAUCACCUCAGUACUACUGUGAAUACAAUGAUUUCGCCAAAGAUGUGCUGAGGUACUUUGUUCAAGAGUUUAGUGAGCUAUACGGAAAAAAACAGCUUGUGUACAAUGUGCACUCACUAAUUCAUCUUGCUGACCAGUGCCGGGACCAUGGCCCAUUGGAUCAGUUUAGUGCAUUUCCUUUUGAAAGCUAUCUUGGACGAAUGAAGAAGUUGCUGCGAUCUUCCAACAAGCCACUUUCACAGCUAAGUAGGAGAAUCUCCGAACUGAGGCACUCGUCCAAGAACCAAGUCGAGCCGAAAUUGCAACAUGUGAAGCCUGGAGACUGCUUCCUGAUUGACAGUGCUCCUGUGGUUGUUCUGGAAAUAAUGGGAGACCACUUCGAGGGUGGGAUUUUACCACAUGCCAGGGACUUUUUCAAACUUCCACUCAAGUCGUCUCAGUUGAAUAUUUGGCGCUGCAAGACCUUAAGUAAUAGAAGUAAGGUCUGGCCUCUUGAUGCCCUCCGGAAUACUGCUCAGUGCCUGAGGCUUAACUACAAGCAAGGACAUGUUGUUGUUCCUCUUUUGCACUUUCACUGA